UUUGUUUCUGUUGCAGAUGCAGCGUAAAAGGACAUGAGCAGAGCGGAAACCAAACGGAAGAAACAGGGACAUCCAGCAAAGGAAGCGAGAUUGGAAGAGAAACACAAAGAGAAAUUCAAAUCGGAACCGUAUCUUCGGUCAAAAGUCAAAGAGAUACCAGCGUAUAACACCACACCUGGCGACAAGUACUAUUGCCGACACGUGUGUUGUGACAAGGAGAAGAAGCCUGAGAAGAAGGUGUCUUUCCGUGAUCGAAGGAAGGACUCCCUUGUGGAGGAAGCAUUUUAUUCUGCUCAGUUCGAAUAUAUAAGGAACAACCUAUGUAUCAAAUUCUGUAUCGGGAACAGGGAUUUGUUCAGGUUUCAGAGAAAGAAGGUGAGUAUACGGAACUACACACCGAAGAGCUUGAAUCAAGAGGUCAACCUAGGAAUGUGGAUUUGACAGAAAAAGUGAAAUGUUGUGCACAGUGCAGUGUCAUUUGAAGAAUUUUAAGUUACCGCACUAGUGCUGGAAAGAAAACCAUUGAAGAAUUGAGUGUAACCUAUGGUUCGACCAGAUACUGAGAAAGAUGUCGAUGUUAGCAGCGAUAGGAUACGCAGCACAAUUCGCGGCUACUGGUUUAUCGCUAAAUCCUCUUACGAUCAUAGGAUUGGUUCCAGUAUUUGCUGCAGGACUAGCGUUUAUGAGAUACAUGGCUGUGGAUCCCGAAGGACAUCCCG